AUCAAAAUCAAGCCAACAGAGGCAAACUAAUUUAAGCUAAGCUAUCUAUGCGCAGAAAAAGCGAAUCACGUCUCAUACCGAACAACAGGUGGGUUAUUACAGGUAGGAAACUGCCUACACAUUCACCUCUUCCAACAGAGAUGUCGUACCACGAAAUUAACCGCGGCACACUUUUGUAACAAUCCAACAAAACAACUCUAAAGCAGCAGGAUUGGCUCAGUCCACUCUAAGCUUCCGGACGUGAAACGCAACACUAGUCGUAACAUAAACAAAGUGCCUUAAACCUGUGUUUUGUGCAGUGAAAAUGUAGUAGUGCCGUGUUCUGAUUUGGAGUUAACGCGACAACAUCAUGGGCUUUUCGGUGCAUCUUCAGGGCAAGAUCGCUCACGAGGCCCUUCUUUCGCGGCAAGACGCCGAAAUCCGGCUGAUGGACUCGAUGAAGCGCUGGAUUGUGAACAAGGUUAAAUGCGACAGGGAUUACGCGAUAUCGUUGAGCAGCACUGCGGCCCAGGGCCUGAAGACCACCCCUGGAGACGACUUGGCAGGAAGCCUCGUUGCCACGUCGUGGAGGAGCAUAAUGGAGGAGCUCGACAACACCGCAAAGCAAAUCAGGCAGAACGCAGAUAGCAUCGAAAGCAAAGCACUGGACGCUUUGAACUCUUUGAACGUGGAAAAAAGAAAAGUCAGGAAGUUGUAUCAGGAGGAGCACACGAGGAUCCUGCUGCAAUUCACGCACUUAUCUGACGAAGUAAACAGGAAAAAAACUGAAUAUCAAAAAUACUUGGAACUGUAUAAAUUAAUGAGGAGCAGGUUCGAAGAACAUUACGUAAAAUCUGGUAGAGGCGGUAGAAAACUCGACGACGUCAGAGAUAAAUAUCAAAAAGCCUGCAGAAAGCUGCAUUUGACUCAUAACGAGUACGUUUUACUGCUUUGUGAAGCUGUUGAGUUCGAGAAGGACUUCAGGACAGUCCUGCUACCAGGACUCCUGGAACACCAGCAGUCCUUGCAGGAAGCUUUCAUCCUUUCGCUGAAGCAUAUUUUGCAGGAGAUUGCAAACAACUCGGACCUUUCUUCGGAAAAAUUUAGAGAAAUUCACAAAAGAAUAGAAAAUUGUUUGGAUACAAUAAAACCUCAUGAAGAAUAUAAGGAUUUUACAGAAAAAUACAAGUCAACCCCCGCAGAACCGAUAAAAUUUACGUUCGACGAAAGUCUGGUCGAAGACAGCGCCGGCAAACUCCUCCCCAACCAAUUGACAGUCGACAAUUUGACAGUCGAAUGGCUACGCACGAAACUUAACGAUCUCGAAGCGAGCAUCAAAGAGAACCAGGAAAAACGAAACCAACUCACGAACAGUCACGAAGGCCUGGCCAACGGCAAAACCACGCCCACAAGCGAAAUAAACAACAGGUUGUCCACCAAUGUCGACACGUCCAAAAAAGAGAUAAACGAAUUGAAAUGUCAGGAAAGGAAGAUGUUAAAACAGACUGAACUUAUAAAAAGUGCCUUAAACGAAUUGGGUUGUGAGGAAGUGCCAUCCGGGUGUGAUUUGUCUUUGGAUAAUCAAACUUUUAUCAGUAAUUCUAGUGAACAGGGUGGUUCUGAAACGCAUCUGAGCAAACGCAGUCCUUUUAACCAUCAAAAGUUGGUAAAAAUGCUGCGAAAACCGUUUCGACGGAAAUCAGCGCCAUCGUCGCCGGUGGCGCCCCCACGAACAAGGCACAGCCGCAGCGAUUCGGCGCCCAGAAGCGAAGGCGGCGACCCUGUUUCAAUAACAACCAACAAAUCAUUGGUGGACGAGGAAUGGUUCCAUGGGGUACUCCCGCGCGAAGAAGUAGUUAGACUUUUAACAACGGAUGGAGAUUUUUUGGUCAGAGAAACCACAAGAAACGACGAAUGUCAAACGGUCUUGUCAGUUUGCUGGGGAGGCCACAAACAUUUUAUCGUCCAAACCACAGCUGAGGGUCACUACAGAUUUGAAGGGCCAGCCUUUCCAAGUAUUAGAGAAUUAAUUUUGUACCAAUUUAAUAGCAGUCUUCCUGUGACAGGCAGAUCGGGCGCUAUUUUAUAUAAACCUAUCCCCAAGGAACGAUGGGAACUUAAUAAUGACGACGUCAAUUUGCUUGACAAACUAGGGAGAGGAAACUUCGGAGACGUAUACAGGGCACAGCUAAAAAACAGCAACGAAAUAGUGGCAGUGAAAACGUGCAGAGUAACUUUACCGGAAGAACACAAGAAAAAGUUCUUGCAAGAAGGCAGGAUUCUCAAACAGUAUGACCACCCUAACAUAGUAAAACUUAUAGGGAUAUGCGUCCAAAAACAACCGAUUAUGAUAGUCAUGGAAUUGGUACCAGGUGGUUCACUGCUAACAUUUUUGAGGAAAAAAUCUUCGAACUUAACUGACGCACAGCUAAUGAAAAUGUGUCUUGAUGCGGCAGCUGGUAUGAGAUAUUUGGAAUCUAAAAAUUGCAUACACAGAGAUCUGGCAGCGCGUAACUGUCUUGUCGGUUACAAUAACGUGGUAAAAAUAUCAGAUUUUGGUAUGUCAAGGGAGGAAGAAGAAUAUAUAGUAUCAGACGGUAUGAAACAGAUACCAAUCAAGUGGACUGCUCCUGAGGCACUAAAUUUCGGGUAUAGAAUGCCGGCCCCGGACAACACCCCGGACGAGAUGUACCGGCUGAUGGUGCGAUGCUGGGAGUACAAGCCGGAAGUGCGGCCGAACUUCGAGCAGAUCUACACGGUGGUCGACACGCUGUGCGCCGCAUACAGGGUGUCGUUUUUAUGAUGAAAGGCGAAAAUUUUCGGAAAAUAAAAAUUUGAUGAUAAAUUUGCAAUAUUUCUGUGAUUUAUACGUGUGUAACUGGCAAAAAAUUAGAUCUGACAUAUUUAUUGUGAAAGUAUUUUUUUAUCUACAUACAGUUUGUGUUGGUUGCAUUUUUUUUUAAGUUUCAAAAACUUGUCUAGUUGUCAUAUUUUUUUGGAUAUUUUAUUAAAGUUAUGUUAAAUAAUUAUUGUAUGUAACUAACACUAAAAUUGCUAAAACAUUCAAAUCAUUGUAUUAUUUUAAUAUGUAUUUAGACUAUAAUGUCUACUUAAAUAUAUUGUUAUUAAGUUUUAAUA